CAGCAAGAUACAGUAAAUUUAUUGCCAUAAAUUACAUCGUCAUCUUGACAACAGGCUGUUCUCGUCUGAUUUUGCUGCUGCUGAUUUUGUUACUGUUACUGCUGUGACUACACUCUGUUGCUGUUACUACUACGAUACUGUUCCUGUUACCGCUCUCAACAUGAAGUCUUGUUUGUGUCUCCUGGGAAUGAUCUUCUUUGUAGCUCUGGCCAGCGCCGAGUCAACAGACAAGAGAAAUGCGGAAACCUGUAAGACUGAGUGCUCCGAGAACGCGGACUGUGGCAAGUAUGAGACCUGCAUGAAGCUCGGCUGUUCCAAGAUCUGUUUCCCGAUCAUCGUGAGGAGACAGGCCGCGAGCCGGCCGUGCCUGAAGACCCCGAUGUGUCGCAUAUACUGCGCCACGGGCUACGUGUUGGACAGCGAAGGAUGUGCUCUCUGUGAGUGCAAGACUCCUCCUACGCUGUAGUUUGAGGUGGGAGAGAGCCCAACUUGAGACAGAAAUUCAUUUGGUGUUUGGUUGUUGAUGCUUUUUUUUUUGGAGGGGGAGGGGGGGGGGGGGUUUGAAGGCUACCUACACAUUUGUUAGCUUUGUCCUUUAACAGAUGAACGUUAAAUCCGGAGGUCCCGCAUCCUAAUUAAAUAUUUAACCUCACAGUUUUGAAAGGGGAAAUACACCUGUACUAGAAAUUAAAAACGGCGAUUCAGAG